CUCAUCCGAAUCGGUAUCGAUCCUCCGUAGGAUUUGAGGAGCAUCUGGAGGGCGAUGUUGGUCCUGCCGGCGGCGACGAGGACCCCUUCGCCGUCGCGCUGGCGAAGUGUGCCAACCGCCCGCCGGGACCACCAUCGAGGAGCUCUUCACGCGGACCCGCUCUGCAUAUAAAUUAUUUAAAAAUAGAAUUUAUAUGGUAAAUCAUGUAAAUAUUCUUUGAUUAGAUAGAUCAUGAAUAUUUGCUUAUAUUUCUUUUCUGAAUUAGAUAACAAGUUCAUUAAAAAAUAAAUUAAAAUAGGAAAAUUUGUAAUGGGAUUAGAAAUAUUAUUCAGUUGCGCUAAUUAGGCUGAAUUAGAAAUAUUUUUUAUAUUUCUUUUCUGCAUAUAAAAUAUUCUUCUGUUGCGCCAAAUUAGGCUGAUUAAUUGUUAUAGGAUUAGAAAUAAAUUCACCUAGAUUUCAUAAGCUUCAACGUACGUCACCGCGCUAGCUUUCAUCCCUUCUUACGACACCGCGCGCUAGCCUUCAUCCCUUCCGGAGAAGAGCAAAGAUGUUCUAUUCCCACUCGUUGCUGGCUAGGAAGACUCCUCUUGGAAUGGUGUGGAUUGCCUCCCACUCCCAGAAGAUGAAGAAGACUCAGAUUGACUGUGUAGACAUCCCGUCUUCUGCAGAUGAUAUUAUGUAUCCUCGAGCUCCAAUUGCUUUGAGACUGUCGGGACAUCUUUUGAUUGGCCUUGUCAAAAUAUACUCGUGGAAGGUGAAUUAUCUUUUCCAGGACUGUAACAGAAUGUUAACAAAUACAAGGGUGGUCGUUGCUUCGAUACACAUCAAUUUACCCACAAAUGCAGAUAAAGCGCCAUUUGAGUCUAUAACAUUACCUGAGACCUAUAACCUUGAUGCAUUGGAGUUAGAGGAAUCAACCAAUCUUAUUGAUGGUCCAGACUAUCACCAAAAAGAUUAUAAGCAAAUAACUUUGGCAGCUUCAGUAGAGCAAGAUCAAUAUGUGGCUUUCUUCAUUGAUAAGGAUAUCAAUACAAAUUCAUCAAUACAACUACAAACUAGACGUGAUGCAGAGCCCAUGGAAGAAGAUGUGUUGCCGCCAUUAGAUGAUGAUUUGGAUGUCAGCCGAGCUCUAAAUUCUGCAUCUUUCGAAGGUCCCGGUUCGAAUAUUCAUGGCAAUGGUUCUUUUCAAACUUUUGAUACCAACAACAAUAUUCAAAAUUUUCAAAAAAUUGAGGUUAUGCGUGACAAUAACUUAGAGCUUGAGAACCGAUUAGAGUUGGACAAUACUAGCAAUGAUGUUGAAUUAAAUGAUCAUUCUACAUCAGUAACAAAGAGAAAGCAUAGUUUUGAUCCAAUGCUUGAAGAUAUUUUGGUUUCUAGAGAGGAACCUUUGCCUUCAACAUUUCAUGCCACAUCACCAGUGACUACAUUUGAUUCCAACAUUGAAAACAUGGAUAUAUCUCCUGCCUUGCCUCACUUGGAACCGGAGCUUCAACCUUCACCUCCUGUUAGAGAACGGAAACGAAAGAGAAGAAUGAAAGAACAUUCAUAUGAUGAGAACAUUGUAUUGUCAAAUGCAGACAUGAAAAAACAACUUAAAGACACUACCGAUUUAAUUCGCAAGAGGAGGAAGGUUUCACAUGACUGCCAAAAUGAGCAAGUAUUGCAUGAAACACUGCAAUUAGUGCGAUGGGGUAAGCUCCAAGAGCUUUGUUCUAGAUCCUUUCCUUUUCAAAGCAACAAUUCGAGUCAUAUGGAAGCUUCAUCAGAGUUUGCAAAUGAAUUACCUCAUGUUGCCUCAGAGGAUCUGCAAAAAGAGCCUAAGCAACAAAAUAAUGACAGGAAUAUAGAACGAGAACAACAGGACAAGCUGAAUGCAGUACCUGAGAAUUCUCGAUUGGAUAUGCAUACUGAUGUCCAACCAGGACAACAGGAUGAGUUGCAUCUAAUACCAAUACCUGAGAUUGCUCGAUUUGAUUUGUAUAGUGGAGCGAAUAUAAAUGAAACAAUACAAUCACCCUCCGCAGGAGUAGAUGUGACUCUCUUUAACACCACAAUAGCAGAUUCAACUCAUGACUUUGAUAAGACUUUUGAUACAGAGAUAUUACCGACAGUUGAAAGUUUUGCUAGGACCGAAGCAACUAGUUAUGCAAUUGGAGCUAGCCUAUUCUCUCUGGAGGAAGAACCACUUCAAAAUAGCAUGCCCAGAAUUCCAAAUGUGUUGCUAUCUGUGGAGGAAGAUUUUGAUUUUCUUGAUGCAAGUACCCAAUCAUCAGCUGGAACUUUAUCCGCACGGACUAGGGCUGUGGUGCAAUUUCUUAAAAAUCAAUCACCACCUCAGAGUCGAGAUAGAGAACAUGGAGUUUUAAGUUUAAAUGAUAUCUUACAAGGACAAACAAGAAGACGAUGCGCGCAAAUGUUCUUUGAAAGUUUGGUUUUAAAGACUUAUGGGUUCUUAGAUGUACAACAAGAAGAGGCAUAUGGCGAUAUUGUCAUUUCUCCAACACCUGCACUUUUUGCUACCAAGUUUCACGAACAGCACCAUGAAGCACCACGGGGCCAUGACCUUCUUCAGGGGAAGAACUCGGAGAUUUUGUUUGCUAGCUGGCCCAGCACACACUUGUCGCCGUCUUCCUCCACUGACCGUGGCAUUCUCACCGGUGCUGUUGGCGGCCACAACAAUGGGUUCCUAACUCCUCUUUACUCUUCUGGCGCUUCAGAAGGAAGAAAUGGAUUAAUGUUGUCCGUGAUGAUGGCGGGAGUCCAACGUCUCCUACAUGCCGACCCUGGUGUCGCGGAUGGAGUGGCUGAAGGCGCCAUCGACGGGAACGGGGCGGGGGAUGAGGGGCGAGCCGACGACGUUGAGGAGCAUCUGGAGGGCGAUGUCGGUCCUGCCGGCGGCGACGAGGACCCCUUCGCCGUCGCGCUGGCGAAGUGCGCCAACCGCCCGCCGGGACCCACCAUCGAGGAGCUCUUCACGUGGACCGGCUAUAGAAGAACAAAGAUGUUCUACUCACACUCGUUGUUGGCUAAGAAGACGCCUCUUGGAAUGGUGUGGAUUGCUGCCCACUCCCAGAAGAUGAAGAAGACUCAGAUUGACUGGGUCGACAUCCAGUCUUCUGCAGAUGAUAUUAUGUAUCCUCGAGCUCCAAUUGCUUUGAGACUGUCGGGACAUCUUUUGGUUGGCCUUGUCAAAAUAUACUCGUGGAAAGUGAAUUAUCUUUUCCAGGACUGUAACAGAAUGUUAACAAAUACAAGGGUGGUUGUUGCUUCGAUACACAUCAAUUUACCCACAAAUGCAGAUAAAGCGUCAUUUAAGUCUAUAACAUUACCUGAGACCUAUAACCUUGAUGCAUUGGAGGUAGAGGAAUCAAUCAAUCUUAUUGAUGGCCCAGACAAUCACCAAAAAGAUUAUGAGCAAAUAACUUUGACAGCUCUAAAUUCUGCAUCUUUUGAAGGUCCCGGUUCAAAUAUUCAUGGCAAUGGUUUUUUUCAAACUUUUGAUUCCAACAACAAUAUUCAAAAUUUUCAAAAAAUUGAGUUUAUGCGUGACAAUAUCUUAGAGCUUGAGAACCGAUUAGAGUUGGACAAUACUAGCAAUGAUGUUGAAUUAAAUGAUCAUUCUACAUCAGUAACAAAGAGAAAGCAUAGUUUUGAUCCAAUGCUCGAAGAUAUUUUGGUUUCUAGAGAGGAACCUUUGCCUUCAACAUUUCAUGCCACAUCACCAGUGACUACAUUUGAUUCCAACAUUGCAAACAUGGAUAUAUCUCUUGGUCAAGCCUUGCCUCACUUGGAACCGGAGCUUCAACCUUCACCUCCUGUUAGAGAACGGAAACGAAAGAGAAGAAUGAAAGAACAUUCAUAUGAUGAGAACAUUGUAUUGUCAAAUGCAGACAUGAAAAAACAACUUAAAGACACUACCGAUUUAAUUCGCAAGAGGAGGAAGGUUUCAGAUGACCGCCAAAAUGAGCAAGUAUUGCAUGAAACACUGCAAUUAGUGCGAUCUGGUAAGCUCCAAGAGCUUUGUUCUAGAUCCUUUCAUUCUCAAAGCAACAAUUCGAGUCAUAUGGAAGUUUCAUCAGAGUUUGCAAAUGAAUUACCUCAUGUUGCCUCAGAGGAUCUGCAAAAAGAGCCUAAGCAACAAAAUAAUGACAAGAAUACAGAACGAGAACAACAGGACAAGCUGAAUGCAGUACCUGAAAAUUCUCGAUUCGAUAUGCAUAUUGAUAUCCAACCAGGACAACAGGAUGAGUUGCAUCUAAUACCAAUACCUGAGAUUGCUCGAUUUGAUUUGUAUAGUGGAGCGAAUAUAAAUGAAACAAUACAAUCACCCUCCACAGGAGUAGAUAUGACUCUCUUUAACACCACAAUAGCAGAUUCAACUCAUGACUUUGAUAAGACUUUUGAUACAGAGAUAUUACCUACAGUUGAAAGUUUUACUAGGACCGAAGCAACUAGUUAUGCAAUUGGAGCUAGCCUAUUCUCUCUGGAGGAAGAACCACUUCAAAAUAGCAUGCCCAGAAUUCCAAAUGUGUUGCUAUCUGUGGAGGAAGAUUUUGAUUUUCUUGAUGCAAGUACCCAAUCAUCAGGUUAUAAAGAUAAUGAAGCUGGAACUUUAUCGGCACGGACUAGGGCUGUGGUGCAAUUUCUUAAAAAUCAAUCACCACCUCAGAGUGGAGAUAGAGAACAUGGAGUUUUAAGUUUAAAUGAUAUCUUACAAGGAAAAACAAGAAGACGGUGCGCGCAAAUGUUCUUUGAAAGUUUGGUUUUAAAGACUUAUGGGUUCUUAGAUGUACAACAAGAAGAGGCAUAUGGCGAUAUUGUCAUUUCUCCAACACCUGCACUUUUUGCUACAAAGUUUUGAGGCGAUAUCUUCCACAGACUUGUCUGUAUUGUAUAUAGAGGUUAAACUCUAUCCAACCUGAAUCUUAACUAUUGUUUGCAACAUUCAGCACGAACAGCACCAUGAAGCACCACAGGGCCAUGACCUUCUUCUGGGGAAGAACUCGGAGAUUUUGUUCGCCAGCUGGCCCAGCACACACUUGUCGCCGUCUUCCUCCUCUGGCCGGUAUAGUCAGCCGUGGUGGGUUGGCGUUGUUGGCGCAGUCCCUUCGACAGCCACUCUGAUAAUUUUUAAAAGAGAACUUUUUUUUUGCCCAGAGAAAUAAUCUUCUAUCGGUUUUGCCUCCGGACAUAAUUGAGU